UCGAAUACGUCGGAUGUCCAGAUUCCCCGACCGAGGAUAGAGCUAGAGGCUCCCAUGAAUAUUUGCCCCGACAAGAGUGAUUGAUGGGAGAAAGUCUUUCCGAUUCCUCUCGAGAGUCGAGAUAAGGAUCACGCCCUAUGCUCAAGGAAACCAAAAUGACUACCACCACUAUAAGUGGGAUCCAAGAGGAAAUGAAUCCCGGUCCAUAUACACGGCGAACUGUUUGUUAUCUUUUAGUCUCUGCUAUCGCUUUCGUUUUGCUGUCGCUGCGUUAUUGUUGCCGUUGUCACUGGAAUCUGCUCGAGAAUCUGCUCGAGAUUCUCGAAUUCCAACGAUGCAGUUGCUAUGCUUUCUCCAAACAAUAUGUCGGCCAUUUUUGGGAUGAUUGAGUGUGAAAUAAUUAAUGCUCCGCAAGUUCAUCCGUCGGAAUCCGAUCAUCCCUUCGGCUCGCCCCGCGUCUGACACAAACAUCG